AUGACGUCCACAACUUUGCCAAUCAUUGAGCGUCUCCCGCAUGUCUCGGGCACCCCGGCAUUCGAAGCCGCGCGCAAGACAAUCUUAGAAGAAUUCGCCGCAAAAGUCCCUCUCGAACUGCACAUCUCAAGAGCCAUCAUCGACAACCCGCCAAAGAACGUCACAGCCUUGCCUCGAGACUCCGGGCUUCUUUCACCCGAGGAACUCGAAAUCACCGAAACUUACGAUGUUGUCGCUCUCGCCGAAGCUAUCGCAGCCAGAAAGUACACCGCCGUGGCUGUUGUGACGGCUUUCUCGAAAAGGGCAAUCAUCGCGCAUCAGCUCACAUGCUGCCUGUCAGAAUGGUUCAUGGACGAAGCCAUAGAACAUGCCAAGGCGCUUGACGAGCAUCUGGAAAGGACCGGGAAGACCGUUGGACCGUUGCACGGUAUCCCCAUUGCCGUGAAAGAGAUGGUGCCCUUGGCUGGUCACUAUACGUCAUUAGGCUUCCUCAUCACACGUCAGCAAGCUGAGAAGGAUUGCCAGAUGGUUGCGAUUCUGCGCAAGGCUGGGGCCGUCUUUCACUGCAAGACUCUGCAGCCUCAGGGGAUCAUGCACUUGGAAACGGUUUCCAUCCAAGGUCGCACGCUGAACCCUUACAACAUCGAUCUAUCCGCAGGCGGGUCAACCGGAGGAGGGGCUGCUGUGGUUGCUCUUCGCGGAAGUCUUCUUGCCAUAGCCACGGACAUCGGUGGCAGCAUUCGAGGACCGGCUGCUUUCUGCGGUCUUUAUGGCUUCAAGAGUACCUCUUACUAUCUCCCGAUGAGAGGGUUCACUGGCGAUUCCGGGUACAUCGGCGAGCUGAACGUUCUCGCAUCGUCUGGUCCGCUGAGUGUAUCUCUCCGGGAUAUGGAUCUCUUCGUGUCUGUUCUGAAGAAUGCUCAGCCUCACCUGGAAGAUCCGAGACUUAUUCCCAUACCGUGGACUGGGCUUGAGACUCAACGCAAGUCGGUUCCGCUGAAAGUCGGGUUCAUGAUGAAUGACGGCAUCGUCAUGCCCCAACCCCCUGUUAUCCGUGCCCUCGAAUGGGCCCGCGAGAAGCUGAGCAAGUCACCUGCCUUCGAGGUCAAAGACUUUACAGCUUUUAAGACCGCUGAAGCCAUCACGAACAUCAAUCGUAUCAUCCUGCCCGAUGGAGGAAAGAUGGCCAAGGGUGCGAUGGCAGCAACGGGCGAGCCGCCGAUGUUGUUGACGAAAAUGGCUCUCCAGAAUCCGGAUGUGAUUAACCAGGACCUGGACGCUGCUGGUGUUCUUCAGCAACGCGUGGCGCGGGACAAGUUCCGGUGCGAAUUUGCCGAGCACUGGACAGCGCAGGAUGUCGACGUUCUCAUCAGCCCAGCGUAUGUUGGCCCGGCAUGUGCCCAUGACACCGCUAUCUUCUCCAACUACUUGUCGUUCUGGAAUUACGUCGACUAUCCCAGCGCUGUUCUGCCUACCCGUAUCAAGGCGUCGAGCAAGGGUGCGGAGACCUACUCGUCUCAGCAUAUGAACCCGCUAAGUGAGGACUGCAAACGCGUGCGACAGUUCUGGGAGGACGGCGAUUUUGAGGGUGCCCCAAUUGGUAUCCAGGUCACUGCUCGGAAGUACUUCGACAACGAUUUAUUUGUAGCGCUGAAGGAGUUGCAGAAGGUUCUAGACAUUUGA